AGUCCUACGCUUAAAAGUGUUCACCUGGUAACUAAUUUAGUUGUUUUCCCUUCACAUGAUCAGGUCAAAGUUUACACGUUUCAAUGCUUGUUGCUUUAACACAGCUGAGGAUUUUCUUCGACAUUCACCUCAACUGAUGUUUAAUGUUCUGCAACCUCCCCCUCCCUGCUGAUGCAUUGGCUUUACUGGUCGCGUCUUAAAACUUAAAGCGCUUCCUAACUAGACAGCAUGUCGGGCACGCUAGACGUCGUUGCGCGCUCACCUGACUUGGACGCAGUGCCCGAAACUUUGCGCUCACUAUCUGUGUAGGCGGCUCGCUCGGUUUUAAUACGCGUCCCGUAUCUCAGUUCCGCAAAGUAAAGCGUUAUGUGUGUCAGAAUGUGCGCUGUUUGCGUGUCGUUAUUAGCGUUAUGGAUCUAAAAAGCGAGCUGCUCAAGUCCAUCUGGUACGCGUUUACGUCUUUGGAUGUGGAGCAGUGCGGGAAAGUCUCCAAAUCGCAACUUAAGGUUCUCUCACACAACCUCUACACAGCUCUGAAUAUUCCUCAUGAUCCCGUUGCAUUGGAGGAGCACUUUAAAGACAAUAACAAUGGGCCGGUGUCUAGCCAGGGGUACAUGCCCUACAUCAACCAAUAUAUCCUGGCAAAGGCCACCGAGGGGACGUUCAACAAGGAAAUCUUUGAUGAGCUGUGCUGGAUGAUGAGUUCGAAGAAAAAUUGCAAAGCCAGCGUUUAUCAGGGGCUGUGUUCACAGAGGGACUGCUUCAAACUCUUCUGCCUGUUCAACCUGCUUUCUGAAGACCGAUACCCAUUAGUCAUCAUUCAUCCGGAGUUGGAGUAUCUAUUGAAGAAAAUCUCCUGUGCAAUGAGCCCGGAGUGGGACGGGUCGUUACUUGACGAACUUCUGUCCCAGAAUGCUGCUCUUCAGGAUGGCAUGUCCGUGUGGGAGUUCCUGGAACAUCUUAGCGCAGGUCGGCUUUUGCAUGUUGAGAGUAAAGAGUCUUUCGGUCUGGCCUUGGAUGAUGUUUUUACAGAGAUGUAUCAUAACAUCAUCAAGAAGGGUUACCUGUUAAAGAAGGGCCAUGUUCGCAGGAAUUGGCAGGAGCGCUGGUUUGUUUUAAAACCCAGCAGCCUGACGUACUUUGUCAGUGAGGAGCUGAAGGAAAAGAAAGGAGAGAUCGCACUGGAUGAAAACUGUGUGGUGGAGAAUCUUCCUGAUAAGGAAGGCAGACGCUGUCUAUUCUGUGUGCAAACUCCAAUGAGAAUGUAUGAGAUGUGCGCUUCAAACAUGAAGCAGAGAGUAGACUGGAUACAGGCUAUUCAGAUGGCUUUCAGACUGAGGGCUGAGGGCAAGAGCUCACUGCAUCAGGACCUGAAAUUGACCAGACGCAAACAGAGAGAGGCGUUUCAAAGAAGCCAUAGCAACCAGAGCAGCCAAAAUGAACCCAUAGCAGACGAGAAGCAACACCCUUCUCCUGAACAGCAUAACUUGGAACAACACAUUGAGAGCAUCAUUCAAACACAGAGGGAGGUGGAAGCAAAACGUAAAGAGGAAGAAAGGCAAGAGAGAGAGGAACAGCAGGGAGUUCAGAAAGAUCUGAGAAGACAGCUUGAAGAGGCCAAUGAGGACAGGGAGAGAAUGGCUACUGCGUUGACAGACAUGGAGAAGGAAGUCCAUCAGCAGAAGAAGAGGAUCCAGGAGCUGGAGCUCACACAACAAAAACUAGAGGAAGCCCUCAAUACUCAGAUUCACGCCCGGUUAGAGGAAGACCGAAUCCGUCAGGAACUGGAGAGGCAACUCGCAGAAGAGCAGAUGAAACUGGCUGGACUUUUGCUCCUUCAUAGCCAGAGAGAGACUCUAGCUGUGAGGAGUCAGGAGGAGGUGUUACACAACGAUUCUUCUUCAGUUUCAACAUCACCUAGCAUUCGGGAACUAGAAGAGAGCAGCCGGGAGGAUGCAGAGGAGGCCCACGACCCACCCGUAGUUUCUACCCCAACACCACCCGACAACCAGCCAGCAGAAGAGAAUAGUCCACACCAAAUGGAGAAGGAGCUUGGGACUCAAUCUACUAACAAUCUCAUGCUGAAGCACUGGAAGAUACAACUUAACCGUCUCAUGAAGCCUAUCACACCAGGAGACAAAGUUGAGCAUCUGCCAAUAAAGCCCAGUUGUCCCAGGCAGGGUCAGGCGCUUAUCAGCACAGAGUUCAUUUCUAAGGUUCAAACAGGAAUUCCUCAUGAAAAGGGAAAUGGUUAUAACCCAUCACCGCUCCAAGAAGAGGAAGAAUAGGGUUUCAAUAUCUGUCCAUAUAUAUUGCCAAUAGAAAGUGCCUCUUGUGUACGGCAGGCUCUCCUGUCAUCCCUGUUAUUUUAGCUAUUACUCAAAGGACAAAGCCGUUUAUGAUAUAUGUACAAAGUCGUCUUCCAGAUAAACCUUUUUUUACUAUGUAAUAUGUAAUAUGCAUAAUGUGAAUACUAAGAAUUGUUUUAGGAGGCAUUGUAGUGUUGACGCCAACGGACCGAAAUCACCCCUAAUAAUGUCAUUUUUAAAGUACUCUUUUACAUGAUCUGAAUAUAUUAUUUUGUAGUUUGGAUUUAUAUGCGUAGUAUUAUAUGUGGUCAAUAGAGGGGGCACUUGAUCUGGAUGAAGUUUCACAUUUCUCAGUGAAACUAACCACUCAUAUAUCAAUAACUUUUCUGGCCCCCAACUGUACAGAUCACAGGUACCCGGGGAAGUUAUAAACACUGGAUGGUUUUGAAAGAGACGUUAUUUAAUCAAAUCAGCAUAUUGAUUCGUUUUACUCAUAAUGUUUUAAUUUGUCUAAUUUGAGAAAAUUAAGCGGGGAUGACCCCUUUCUAGUGCUAAUAGGUGGAAAUAAUCACAGUCUAUUUUUAGAUCCGUGGAGUCCGGCUAGCACGGUUCAGUUUGUGGUUUUGGGGCUUUUAUUCAGGAUGAAUAAUGCUUCGCACUGUUAGUUUUGGGUGGUUAUCAACAGACUGACUGUAAAUGAUAUUUUUUGAAGAAAAGUUGCGGCAGUGAUUUUUCCAGAUACAAAUCUCUUCCCCUUAUGGUUUGGAGUGUUUCUACCUGUGUGUCUAGAGAUUUAAGUCUGUGGCGAGAGGAAUUGCAUUGUCAGGUCCAGAGAUCAGGAAUGAUAAAAUGCGAUACUUAAUCCAUCACUUUACUGCUACUGUAAUAGCAUAUAUGGGUAUAUUAUAGUAACGUCUGGCAUGUUACGAUCUAAUUGGCAUAUUAUGUGUAAUUUGCACCAUUUUAAAGAAAAUUUAAGCAAAGCGCUGACAGCUAGACAUAUUUAGACAAGCAUCACCAUUAUGCAGUAGCCAAUAAUACUGAAAACCUGAAUGCACUCUCAAUGUUCUAGAAACAAACAAAUGUAGGGACUUCUUCUUUAAGCAGACUCCCUGUUUGGUUAUGAUAUAUGUUAUUUUGUUGACACUUUUGGUAAAAGUGAGUUACAAUUGGAAAAUUUGAAUGUGUAUAAACACUCUUGCUUGUUGGUUUUUUGGGUAUGGAGAGAUAACAGGCUGUAUUUAGAUUAAAGGUGUGAAAUGCCAAGAUUUAGAUUUCAUAAAAUUGUCGUUUGUAUAUUUAAAGUGCCUAUAGCUGAGAAACAUUUACUAGCUGUUCUGAUAAUAAUAUAAGUACUUUCGAAAAUUAUCGUUGUUUAUUAGAACGUCUAACUGUUGCAUUAACAUUGAAUGCAACAAAACAUUUUUGUGCUGUGGACCAUCUUAUAAUGUUUUUAUGGAAUGACAAAUACUGUUUCUUUCCUGGUUCGUGCAAUUAUGUGAACAAUAUAACCUAUUCAACAGUAAAAAUCUAAUUUGUAUGAGUUUGCACAGGGGUCUUCCAUAGAUGGAAACCAUGGCUAGAUUUAUUAUAAUAUAUGUCCUGCAUGGUUGUCAGCGCGAAAGCCGUACUUUACCACAUUCAGUUGCUUCCCACGAGGAAGUCUUUAAUGAGAACCAUAUUAGAAACACACAUAUAUAACAUUUCUGCAAACAUUUAACUGCCGUGCAAAAGCGAUCAUUGAUUUAGCACGUAUUUACUCUCCUAAUCUGCUCAAGGACACCAGAUAUAUUUGGAGCGGUACGAGGAAUAUUUUCAGCCAGUCCUGUAAGCCAUUAAGUACACUAGAUGCUUUCAUUUGGCUUCUGCUCCUCAUGAUCAAUGACUGUUUUAGGGUUUGGUAUAGCAGCACGGCCCCAUUUAUGUAUUAACAGCGGGCCCUCCCUUAGCCGGAGGAUAUAUGUCUGAUACGAAACCACCUGUAAUUAUGUUCUGCAUGCACAACCAACUUCCUUUAGAGCAUUUCGUAGGCCAGAAGAAACACGAGAUGAACCACAGAAUGGAAAGCCAACCACCCAAAAUACUCUGGCGUUUAUGAGGAUUCAAAGGGGAACUUGGGCCUUUUGUUGUUUCAGCUGGAACACUUGUCCCCGCAGCUUGCUUGUUUAUGAAAAAAUCGCAACGAUUGAUGUUGAAGUCUUUUGAACGUUUGAUUCAGAUGAAUGGGUGUCAGAUGGCCUGGUUUAUAAUGGUUGGGAUGAUCUCAUUCUUUAACUGGGACAUCAGGUUACAUCAUGUAAUGCUAAGGCAUUAUCACAAACAUUUGCUCCAUCCUUUCAAGAUCACAUUCAGCCAGUGUCUAAAAUAAGCAAAUGUCUCAUUUAUCGCCUUGGAACCACCCACAAAUGAGUGUGAAUAUUACAUAAUAUUACAUAUAUGAAUAUUUUGUAUUAACUUGAAAUGCGCCUUCAAAGCAGCAAUCACAAGCAAUUUGUUUUUUAACUACUCUAUCUAAAUAGAAUAAAUUGUGUGACUCAA